ACUAUUACUUUUUUUUUUUAAGAUGGCGAAGUCUCUACCUCUGUUUGGCCAAUACCGACUAACAUAUUGAUAAUAAAGUUCUGUUGCAGCGGGAAAUUUCACGCCGUGAAUGCAUCAGUCGGGUCCCGCGGGUCUCUCGGGUCUCUCGGGCCUCUCGGGCUUGUGCCGGCUCACCGACCAUCUUUAUCUCAGUAAUGGCAGAGCGGCUAAUGAUUCCUCCCAGGUGAGUCGGUGCAAGAUUACCUGCAUCGUGAACGCCACCGAGACGAAGAGCAGCCGCCCUCCUCCUCCAGAGGUGGAGUACAUCCACAUCCCGAUCGCUGACUCCCCGGUGUCCCCUCUCAGCGACCACUUUGACAAAGUGGCGGAUAAAAUUCAGCUCGUUGCACGGCUCGGGGGCCGGACUCUGGUGCACUGUAACGCCGGAGUGAGCCGCUCCGCCGCCCUGUGCAUGGCCUACCUGAUGAAGCACCACGGCGUGACUCUGCUGGAGGCCCACAGGUGGGUGAAGACCCGUCGAUCCCUGGUGAGGCCGAAUGAGGGCUUCUGGAAGCAGCUCAUCCGGUAUGAGAUGGAGCUUCGUGGGUGCAACUCUGUCCGAAUGGUGUCCUCCUCCAUGGGAGAGAUACCUGACAUCUACGAGGAGGAGGCCAGGAACAUGAUGCCACUGUGAUGCUACUGCACUGCUUUAUGGGGACAUUUACAAAACCACAAACCAUUUUGGGUCUUAAGAGAAAGGGAUGAUUUUAUUCUUAUUUUAGCACUUCCUCUCAUGUUAUGAGACCCACUUUGGCCUGUCCUGCCCCAUUUCUAUUCCAUCCCGACUCCUGUGAAGGCAGAGCCAGACAAUGCAUUCAAAGCUUGAAUAUAUUUGGUACCAAUAAGUAUUGAUUAUCUCUAUUUAUUAACAAAUACAAAACCAGUGCUGACUUUCCUCUCACUCUCCCGUAAAUGAGUGGGGUAUUUUACUUUCUCGGUUGUUUUGUAUGACCUGUGAACUACUGGGCACUUUUUGCCGGCACGUGACUUUUUUGGAUUAUACUUUGUCUUAUUUUCUUAUCACAUUUUCAUUGUAAAUUUAAGAAUUUUCUUUCCUUGAUAGAAUUAGUCUGAACUAGCCAACUAACCAAACUAGAUUUCUCCACAGAGUAGCUGUGCCACAGUCCAACUGUUUUUACUGUUCAGUAAUGGUAGCUCACCCAACUUUGAGUCUCAGGUAAACAUUUUAACUCACAUUAAAAACCAAGCUUGUGGUCAUUUACAAUGAAAAGGUGGUGCCCAGUCAGGCCUUUUGUCACAUUUCUUUGAGGUUAUGAGUUGUCAGCAGUCACGCCAAAGUUAUUUACGUAACUAUUAGAUAAAUCUGUUGAAGGCAUAUAUAUAUCAGCCUGGCAUAUUUUUCUGCCUCAUGAGUACGUUUGGUACAUAAUCUGCGUGAUUCUGAAUGCAGGAAUUUUCACCCUGUUAUAAUUAGUACUACUACUACUACUACUAAUACUACUAUUACUUGAAGUAAAUGAUCUAAAUAAUUAUUCUACCACCGAUUUCAGGCUUGAAUAUGCCAGGCCCUGAAUCACGACAGCAGCUGUGACAGUGAAGGCAGUCAAUCCAACUCCUGUGAGGCUAGAAAGUACAAAAAGCUUUUAUUUUAGAAUCAGUACUCUUCUUCAUUGGUUCAGUACACACACAUUUGUGCAUUCCAACAUUUGAAAGACAGCAGGAAGUUUUGAGCAAACAUCCUUUCCAAACAAAGGGAAAUAAAUAUCUUAUACAUGGUUAUUUAGUUAUGUGGCCAUUAAACAGCUUCAAAACAUGCUAAGAUCAGACAAGACCGUAUGGAAGGUGUUUUCUAACCAGUUCUGAUGCUUAUAUCACUCAUGAGAGCAAUGGGUUGUAAACUAACUGGCUUAUAAAAAAUGCUGAUUUUUUUCACAAUAAAAAUAUAUAAGAUGGAAUUUUGACUCAAUUUGGUGAUAUUUCAUAGCCUUUUUUUACAGAAAGUGACGACAUCAAGAUUCACACACUGAAUUAAUACUGGUCACAAUUUGGCACGUCUGUCAUCUUUGAACAGAAACAACAUACAUCAGCUCAACAGGAAAGAUUUAAUCUUGUGUAGUAGUGGUCAACCCAUCACCGGAGACAAACUGUUUCCCAAUAGUGCAGUCCCAACAGGCAAAAUGCAGCUGUUGGCCAAUUUCCUCAUUAAAAAAAAAAACAAA